AUGGCUCCAUCUGCAAUUUACGAGACUGUGGCCCAGGAACCUGUGGCUCAAAAACAGCUCCUCAAGGUCAAAAAUGCGCCAACCGCUUACCGCAAUGAUACUUCGAAAGGCCCAGUCGCCGAUGACUACAUGUACGCCUUCAAGUACAACUUUCCACUUCCAACCCACGGCGACGAUUUGGAAGUGCUCGAUUUCAUUGAAGAUGACGAAACGAAUCCAAGGGCAGUCGCAGAGAAGUUUCUAAAACAGCUGGAACAGGUGAUUCAGAGCCGUGACUCCAAAGCAUUUGCGGAUUUGUUUCUGUACAGUGGGGUGUGGAGGGACAAGGUGGCCUUCACUUGGGACUACCGCUCCUUCAACACUCCGAAGAAUAUCGAAAAGGCCGCUUCUGACCUCUUCCCUCGUACACCCACACGCAACUACAAUUUAAUCGACCCAGCUCCAUCAAUCCAGCGGCCAUACCCAGACCUUGCUUGGCUUCAGAUCGUGUACUCUUUUGAAACGGACCUCGUCGGUGCGAGUGGCGUCUUGAAUCUUGUCAAAACCAGAGCUGGCUUCAAGAUCUGGACAUUGCAUACCGCUAUCGAGAGCCUGAACGGUCAUCCGGAGGUGCCCAACCCGGAUGGACACAUGAUCGGAGACAAGUCCUGGCACCACCAGAGAAUCGAGGAUGACAACUUGGAAGGCGUCGAACCUGAAGUUGUCAUAAUCGGGGGUGGUCACUGCGGUCUUCACAUCGCUGCUCGACUCAAAGCGCUAGGCGUCAGAACCCUUAUCGUGGAGCGUAAUAACCGUAUCGGGGACAACUGGCGUAACAGAUACGAGUAUCUCUCUCUGCACCUUCCUCACUGGGCCGAUCACUUUCCCUACCUCCCUUACCCAGACCACUGGCCGACAUACACUCCGGCUGGCAAGAUGGGUGACUGGCUCGAGUGGUACGCAAGCGCCCUCGAGCUAACCGCAUGGACUAACUCGAGCGUCGUUGCCGCCUCGCAGAGUCCCACGGGUGAUUGGGAGAUCACCAUUCAACGUGGAACCAAGGAGGAUCGUUACGCUCGAACCUUCCAUCCCAAGCAGGUCGUCAUGGCCACCUCGCUCGCCGGCGUCCCAUUCGUUCCGGAUAUCCCUGGUAUGGACAGGUUUAAGGGUACUAUUAGGCAUUCUACCGAACACGACUCGGCUCGCGAGUGGGUUGGCAAAAAGGUCCUCGUCGUAGGAACGUCCUCGUCGGGCUUCGAUACUGCAUAUGACUUCGCACGUCGCAACAUCGACGUGACGCUCCUUCAAAGGUCGCCUGCGUAUCUGAUGUCUUUGGAUGAGUCUGUCCCAAGGAUCCUCGCUCCUCUUUACGAGCCAAAAGACCAUCAAAGACCAGACUUGGAGACCGCCGACCGGUUAAACUACAGCCUCCCUGUCGGUCCUGCCGAAGAGCUCAACCGUCGAACGGCCCGGGACAUCUGGAAUGCCGACGCCGAAUUGAUCGCCAAGAUGGAAGCAGCAGGCUUCAGAGUCUGGAGGGGUCAACGUGACACUGGUUCCCACACUCUCGGUUAUACCAAGAACGGUGGCUUCUAUUUCGACGCCGGUGCCUGCAAGGCCAUCAUUGACGGCAAGAUCAAGGUCGAACAAGGUUACCCGAUCGGCUUCACAGAAGACAGCAUCGUGCUGAACGGCGGCCGAGAGCAGAAAUACGAUCUAGUCGUCCUGGCUACUGGAUUCUCCAACACCAUCGAUUCCGUCCGCAACAUUCUCGGUGACGAGGUUGCCGAUCGGUGUAAUCCCAUCUGGGGUAUGGACGAAGAGGGGGAGCUCAACACCGCGUGGAAGACUAGCGGUGUCCCCGGCUUGUGGCUCAUGCUUGGAACUCUGCAGCACGGCCGAUAUCAUUCCAAGAAGCUGGCCCUCAGGAUCAAAGCUAUCCUCGAGGGUGUCGCUCCCGAACCCUACUCAAAAUAG